GCAUGGCUUCUUUCUUCGGAAAACAUAUGAUUUAUCCUUCGAAUUACGUUCCAAAAUCCAUGGCUGAUCUCAGGAAAUACGAGGGAUUUUUGCCAAACAUGAGUGGAGCAACUUAUGAUCCCAUUUCUCUUCUGAACGAGGAGAAGAAUCUCAGACGUGAACAGAGUGGUAGCUUUUCCUCGCACUCAACUCGUUCAUCCCGCGAUGAUGACAUCUUUUCGAACACUGCAUUUGUGUCUUUGAGUAGCAGCGAUGACAGCAAUGAAUCAAGCCAAACAUCAAAUGACGUAUUCAACGAGAGCGGCAAAACAGUGUUAUUGAAGACCCCGAAAAAGACCUUGGCAAAACGAGUGAGCCCAAGGAAACCUCUCAAACCGGUUAAAAGUGUAAAUCCUUGUGAUCCUAGCUUCAAAGGUGUCACUCUCCACAUGAAAACGACGCUGAAGAAAGGAAAGAAUGGUUUGAAAACUCGAUCUGAGGCGCAGCUGGUGAUCGAUUGUUGCUUUACUUCCAAGAAGAGACGUCGCUGCUCAAAUCUGGAGCUCGAUAUGCGCGAGUGCAAGACAUCGAGAAGAAGGCUUAGUUCACCAGGGCUUAAUCCUUCGAUUUUCAAGCUGCAAAACUCCCCCGAGUCGAUGUUUAGCGACCGAAGCCCGUCCGAUGUGGACUUAGGAACAGCGCCGAUUCAAGUGGAAAAGGAGUGCGCAUCCUGUGGGACUUUCAAAACUCCUUUGUGGCGUGAUGCGGAAGAUGGCACUCACUUGUGCAAUGCUUGUGGAAUUAGGUACAAAAAGUACAGGAUCCGUUGCGUCCGAUGCUGGUAUAUUCCCAAGAAAGAGGAGAAAGCUUUACCGUGCUGCACUAGUUGCGGUCAUACCUACAAAAUUGCCCUGGGUCGCAAGGCAAAUCUAUUUAGCAGUAGUGAGUAACAAUUUUCUCUUCCGGACUGGAAGUGUUUGGUUUUACUCGGAUUACUGCGAUGAUUUUUGAGUAUUUUACAGAUCAGUCUAUUUAGAUGGAACGUUGAAUUAGCUUAAUCAGUGUUAACCGUCUGAUUGUAGUUUAUGCUAAUCGUGAGUGGGAUACUGUGCUUGCGUUUAAAACCCUCAAGUUGUUUCAAGAUAGUCAAGGACCACGACAGUUAACAUAUCAAGGAUCGAACACUAUUUUACUGCGAACUGUUCAGUAUUAGAAAAUUGUAGACAUCUGAAAUUUUGACCAAUUUUCUGCUGCUAAAAUCAGGGUUAAUAAUUCUGUGUUACUGGUGUCAACUUUAGACUUAACUCGUAUUACUGGACUUAUUGUUAUCAAGCAAGGUAAUUUCGUUUUACACGUUUGUAGUUUUUACAAGGUGUCUACAAUUUUAUUCACUUUGUAAUCAUAAUAUUUCAUAACUGGGUCCAUUUUUCAGUUUUUGUCAUUGUUAAGGUUCGUAGUAGUUAAAGGUUUUAGGAGAAAGAUCUGCGGUUUUCAUAUGGGAAAUGUCUUUAUUAAGAAUAGUCAGGUAUAUACAAGCUGGACAUUCAUGGAAGGAAAUUAGAUGGCACCACAGCCUAAAUGUCUGAAAAAAAAAAGCAACUACGACGACAGCUACUUACAGUUGGUUCGUUACAGUCCUAGAUCAUAGUUCAUAAUUUUUAAACCUUUACUCUUCAGUGUUAUUUUCAA